AUGGGCAUCGGUGGGACCUCCACGGCAAAGGACAUGGUUCAGCUAAACUUAGAGCCCGGCAAAGACUACUCCGCAGCCAAGACCCUAUUUAUCUCCGACUCAGACAAACGCAAGCACUUUAUGCUCACCGUGAAAAUGUUCUACUCUAACGGUAAAGAUUUGGGCCAGUUCAACUCCCGGCGCAUCAAAGUGAUCUCGAAGCCGAGCAAGAAGAAACAGUCCCUGAAGAAUACAGAUCGUAAGUCGUUGUCUCUGUGCUUACUUCUGAGAACCAUUUGUGAAUUUUAA